GGAGCCCGUUGCCGGCGAGAGUCGCCCGCGGCCAUUAGGGACCCAGAGGGCGCGAGACAGGUCGCUGGGCCUCAGGAGGGAGGGCGACGUCAUGAGAUGCAAGCCAUAACAGAAUGGGAUAUGGUCCGUGACGUCAUAGGUGAUUCAUGACCUCAUGGGAGGGGGUCGGGCCGGCCCACAGAUCCCCCCUUCAGUUAGAUCUCACUGCGCUGUGCUCGGAAAGGCACCUCCCGGGGCCUUUUAGUGCCAGAGGCUGCGAGACCACUGGGUCAGCAGGGCUCCAUCAUCCUGCUUCACGGGGGGAAGCCUCGGCAUACGGGUCUCAGCUUCUUGUGGGCAUCUGAAUCGUAAAACCACCAGGCUUGGGGGCACACCUAGGAUGGCUGCCAAUGGCUUUGGGAAUAUCUGGAGCCCCCAGGAGCUUGGAGUGAAAAUAUAUUGGAUUAUUUUCUGAACACAAACCAAAUUAAAACGCGAGAUGGAGCUGAAAUCAUCUGGUAUCAUGCAGCAAACAGUAAAUCACAAAUGAAAGAAGCAAUAAAAAGUGCUGCUCACAUGGUAGAAGCAGAUGUUCUUCUUCGUGGGUGCAAAGCAGAAAAGGGUGAACCAAUCAUGGCUCAUCCUCCUGAAAUGAACAGUGACAACACACUCCAGGAGUGGCUACAAGAGAUUCUGAACACUGACAAAGGCAUCAAACUGGAUUUUAAGAGUCUACCAGCUGUCCAGCCCUCUGUGGAGCUUCUUGAAAGUAUAAAGUUGCACCUGAAACGCCCUGUUUGGAUUAAUGCAGAUAUUCUACCUGGACCCAAUGGAAGUAAUGCAGUAGUGGAUGCAAAAUUUUUUUUAGACAUUGUAACAUCAUUUUUCCCAGAUGUAACCUUAUCACUGGGGUGGACAACUGGGUGCCAGCUUCAAAGAUGCAAGGAAGGCUACAGCUGGGCAAUGGUGAAAGAGAUGGCUGAAAUAUGCAAUGCACUUACUCAACCUAUAACAUUCCCAGUAAGAGCAGCAUUAGUAUGGCAGUCAAAGUCUGAGUUGCUUUGGCUAUUGCAACAAUCAGAGAGGUACAGCCUGACUGUUUGGACAGGAAAGCAAGAUCAGUAUUCCACAGAAGAUCUGCUCCACAUCAGAGAGAAUUUUGAUAAAAGUAGGGUUUAUUAUGAUAUUUUAGAACCACAAAACUCUGAAUUCAAGAAGGCCAUAGGAAUAGAAAUCUAAAUAUAAAGAAAAUAUUGAUUGUAAGAUACCUAGGAAUUAGGUACUUUAACACAAAGGUUUCUAUCCAGGGCAAUACAGUCCUAUUGAAGGCUUACAUGGAGCACAUUUAUAAGUGUCAUGCAACUUUCUGCUAAAAUUUUAUUAGAAGGCUUUGCAACAUAAAGAAUAAUACUUACCAUUUUUUUCUUCAAGCCUAUGUACAUGUGGAUCUCUGACAUGUGCCCUCUGUGCAGGAGUCCAGAACAGUGUCACUGCCAGUGUCCAUUAGGGCUCUGGGGUUAUAGGUUGUAGUCAUGUUGGUCUAAGGACAUAGGCAGACAAGGUUCUUUGGGUAAAUCUAUCUUUUAUCAGACCAACUCAGAUUUUUGGAAAAAUUCUUUGUAGCAAGCUUUCAGGUUUAAAUACCUUUGUUAAGGCUGAGGAAGCAUCUAUAGUUAGUGUGUGCUCUUCCUGGACGGAAUGAACAGUAAAAAAGCCAGAGGCUAGUAUGCAUGCAUGACAGGCCGGGGGGGAGGGCGGAAAGGGGAAUGAUAAUGAAUGUAGCAGGUAAAAUAGUGCCUGGGGAGUCAGAUGUCAGGCAGGUUAUAGUGUGUCAUAAAUCCAAUGUCUAUAUUUAGUCCAUGAUUCUUUGUAUCCAGGUUGAUGAAGUACAGUUCAUAGGCUCGUUUGUGAAAGGUGUUUUAUAAAUUCCCUUUGCAGAUUAGAACUGAGAUUGGAGACAGAGUGGUUUUCUUGUGAGAAACGUGCCCCCACAGGUAAUUGGGUAUUCUUGUCCUUAAUAGAUUUCCGGUAUGUGUUCGUUCAUUCUGGUGCACAGUUGUUGUUUAGUCUCUCCUACGUAUUUUCCAGCAGGGCAUUUGGUGCAUUGGAUUAAAUAUAUUACCUUUCUGGAAGUGCACCUGUAAGAUCCAGGAAUGCUGAUGCUGUGGGGUGUAGUAGUUGUGGGGGUACUGGAGAUAUGUUGGCAAGUUUUGCAUUUCUUGUUAUGGCGUGGUCUGGAUCCAUUCGGUGUGUUUUGGGCUGUAGGAAGUUUGCUUCUGGUGAUAAGGUUAGUGAGGUUUGGUGCUUGUUUGAAGGCUAGGAUGGGUGGCUCUGGGAAGAUCUUUUUAAGAAUUUGGUCUCCUUCUAGUAUGGGUUGUAAUUGUUUGAGGAUUUUCUGUAUAGGUUCAAGGGAGGGGUGUAAUGUUAUAACCAGUGGUGUGUGAUUCGUGGGGGUUUUCCUUCUGUACUGCAGCUAUUCUUCACGUGGUACUGGGUGGCUCUUUGAAAUGUGUGGUCUGUCUCUCUGGGAGAGUAUUCUUGUUGAGUGAAAGCCUUUUUGAGAUUUGUGAGGUGGCAAUCCCGGGACUUCUCCACUAUUUUACCUGCUACCUUAAUUCCCUUCUCCCCACCGCCUCUCUCACCAACUGACUCCUCAAUUUACAUCUUCGCUGACUACCAGUCUCGCAUGCGUACCAGCCCACCUCUGGCUUCUUUAUUGUUUAUUCCAUCCAGAAAGAGCACACACCAACUGCAGAGACUUCCUCAGCCUGAUGAAGGGUGUUUAAAUCCGAAAGCUUGCUAAGAAGAAUUUUUCCAAUUUAUUUGAGUUGGUCUAAUAAAAGAUACAGAUUUACCCAAAGAACCUUGUCUGCCAUGAGGGCUUUGCAGACUCCUUGGUGGUGUGGGCUUGCCUCUCUGGCCUGCUACUACACAGUUUGUUUGGCCUACUGUUCUGAUGCCUCUGGUAGGACCCUCACUCCUUGAUGACCUGUAGCCAUUUGACUGCUCUGCCCAGCCAGCCUCCUUGCAUAAACUCUGCUGCUGGACAGAGCCCAAAAUACCUAGCCUCCUGUCCUUAAAGGGGCAGUCUCCUUGGUGAAGUUACAGAUCCUUACACAGGUGUAACCUUUAAUCCAGCUGCCAUCCAAACACAAAAACUCCCAGCUGAACAUGGUGCUGCUUUAUAUAUGAGAGAGUUCUGUUUUGGCUUAGGAUAAGCUGUUAAAACUGAAGUCUAAACAUAACAAAGAUAUGUGCGUGAACCUUGUCAUCCAGGCAAGACAAUACAAAUCAUAACCUAGUGAGUUUGUAGAUGUGUUAAAGGGACAUAUGUAUAACAUGUUUGAUACAGACUUCCAGAGAAACUCCCAAAAUAAAUAAAAACAAAAAUCCAAAAUAAAAUGCAACAACCAAACUGACAAAAGAAAAAAAUCCCAAUACCUUAGCGCAUUUUCAUUGAUAUCUCAGCUUCCAAAAAGAGCAAGUUUCAUAAUCCACAUUUAAUAAAUAGGGAAACUGAAAAACAAAAUGACUUGCUAGAUCAUUCAGUGAAUCAGAAAUGAAGUUAGGGCAAGAACCAAACUUUAUGACUCCUGAUUUCAUGUUUUUAACAAUGAACCACAUUGGAGACGGACGCUGAGGAAACCCAAUGAAGUAACAAUACAGUUAUCUCCCUCUGUAGAAAGUCUUUUACAGAGUUUCAGGCAAAUGUGAAUUCAUGCAAGAGGAAUGGUUUAUGUAUUUACAACUAUAUAGGGGGUUCUCACUAGUGAAGUUCAGUCCAUUGGUCACUUGAUCAGUUCACAGAGGUCAAAACAAGAGAACAGGAGUUCUAAAAAAUUGUCAGCAAACUUUGAAAGAGUUUAGAUGAUCUAAGAAUUACAGGAUCAGAUACUAGCUCAGUUUGCCUUAUUAUUAUGGGUUAUAAGGGGAAAGAAUACUCACCCCACCACUUUUAUGCCUCAACAUGGAAACAAGGAGAGCCAUAGGGCACAUUAGUGGUCUCAACAGAAACUAGUCUUGACAGUCUCACAAGCAUGUGGAUGAUGUGAGCUACAUUGGUACAUACUCGAAAGUUUUAAUUUUUAUUUCAGAGCUUUAACUUUAAACAUUUAUCCCAUUAUUUCCAUCAUCUAACAACAGAUUAUAGUGAUUCUGCUUUAUUAAAAGGUGAUUUUGUGCUCUGCAGCCUUUAGCUAACACUGAACAGACAUGCCCUCAGUGGCUUUCAAGUGAGCUGACACUUUUCAGAAGUCGUAGGUGUCAUGACCCAAAGGUCUGAUUUUGUGUGUGCGCUUCAGCACUAGAAUUAUCCCCGUGGGUUUACAGCUUCAUUGCGUGGUGGAGUUUUGCUGCACAGAGAACCCGUGUGCAAAGGAGAGAGUUCCCACCACUUUGCAGCUGUCUUUGCAGGGUGCAUUUUCUUUGCAACACAGAAAUGCACGGUGCAAAGAGUUCCCGCUCUUCGAAUGCAAAUUGGUGUCCCGCUAUUGGCUAGUGCUAAAUUAUUCCCAUGUGGCGGCUAGCGAUUGGCCUGCUAGCCGUAUAAGAGGCUUGAGCGGUUUCCGCCCAAGCCGAAGAGGACUCCACAUCCAUCUCGUGGGGACUCUGGGUAUGCGGCAGGGUCAUCGAAGCCCUGUGUGGAACUCAGAGGAGUUUGGCGGCCUGAUCCACCGCUCACCUCUUCCCGUCUUCGAGCAGUAACCUUUCAUAAGACGUAUCGACGAGUUUUGAGGCACGCUUGUCCUGGACAUCCGGAGUUCUGUCUGCGUGGAGCCUAGCAAACUCCACAUGAUUGUUCGUGUUCUUUCUGUUUGUAACCGCAACUCAAGCAAGUUUUCAGCCUGCACCGCGACCAUCUCGGUGUAAGUAAACAAUCUUAAAAUCAA